ACCGCGCACGCACGCACGCACGCGGAGCGGGGGGCUGUCCAAAGCGCGUGAUCCAUUUCCUCCUCCUCUCUCGGUGCGUGCGCCACUCCGUCGGCCCGCCCGUCCCCCUCACCGGCGACUUCUCGCCUCGCGGCCGCUCCCAGGUGAGUGAGAGCGACCCGACGGCCAACCAACAGCGCCUCAACCGCUUUUCUCCCGACGACGUGUCGUGGAUCUAGGCGUACACCGAAGAGGACUGAUUUUUUUGGGGAUUGUUUUUAUUUGGUGGCGUGGAAUUCGUGGCCUCUCCUCCUCAGGGCAGCGUGGGCGCGUGUGUUGCGAGCCAUGGCCGGCGAGAAGAAAAUGUUCGGCUUCGAGGAGGUCGCCAAGCACAACGUCGCCAAGGACUGCUGGCUCGUCAUCGCCGGCAAGGUGUAUGAUGUUACCCCUUUCAUGGAUGAGCAUCCUGGUGGAGAUGAGGUACUGCUGGCAGUAACCGGGAAAGAUGCAACCAGCGAUUUCGAAGAUAUCGGACACAGUGAUUCCGCAAGGGAGAUGAUGGAGAAGUACCACAUCGGGGAAAUUGAUGCUUCAACCAUCCCAGCAAAGCGUACAUUCGUACCUCCUCAGCAAGGGUCCCAUGUCCAGGCCAAGGAUAGCGACCUCCUCAUCAAGAUCCUGCAGUUUCUUGUUCCCAUUUUAAUCUUGGGGCUUGCAUUUGGUAUCCGGCACUACAGCAAAUCUGAGUAGGCUGUUGUUGGCGAGUUGCUUCGGAGAAAUAGCUUUCAAGUAAUAUGGUUUGAGUUAGAACAGCAUAAUAAUGGUAUUGGUUGGCUGGUUUGAGUUAGAACAACAUAAUGAUGGUACUCGUUGGGUGGCAGUGUGUUGUCUCAUUGAUCAUACAAGGCACUCUCAAUUUGAAACAUCCAUAUGUAUGCCCAGAUUACUCGAAUUAUGUUUACAUUCUCAACAUAUGGUGGAGUCUCUACAUAUUUUUUUUA